CCUAGUUCACUGAAGGGUGGGGAAAAAAUGCUCUUCUUCCAGAACUUCCCCAGGCAUGGAAUUUCCCCUCUUAGGAAGAUAUGAACUUUCUGGAAGCAGACCCAUCUGUGCUUUGACCUGAUUGUGGAAGACCCUGAGCCCUAUAAACGCCUUUGAAUCCCUGUCCUGGGAACACGGACACCCAGUCAAUGCCUCACACACAGACUGGGGAAUCCACAGCCGAGCCAGCCCUCCUAUAACAUUUCUUGGACAAAGAGUACUGAAAAACAGAGUUUUGCUCUUGUUGCCCAGGCUGGAGUACAAUGUCUUGGUCUCAGCUCACUGCAACCUCCGCCUCCUGGGUUCAAGCGAUUCUCCUGCCUCAGACUCCCGAAGUAGAUUCGGUGCGGCAUGAAAGGAUGACAGACUCCGAAGGGCCCCAGAGGCCCCCGCUGUGUUUUUUAUCUACAUUGCUUCCCCAGAAGGUUCCUGAGAAGUCAGACGCUGUGCUUCGCUGCAUAAUAUCUGGUCAGCCCAAGCCAGAGGUAACUUGGUAUAAGAAUGGUCAGGCCAUCGAUGGGAGUGGCAUUGUUUCCAACUAUGAAUUCUUUGAGAAUCAGUAUAUUCAUGUGUUACAUCUCUCUUGCUGUACCAAAAAUGAUGCUGCUGUCUAUCAAAUCUCGGCUAAAAACUCUUUUGGAAUGAUCUGUUGUUCUGCUUCCGUUGAGGUUGAGUGCUCAUCAGAGAACCCACAACUGUGUCCUAACCUGGAAGAUGACAGGGACAGGGGUUGGAAACAUGAAACAGGGACACAUGAAGAAGAAAGUGCAAAUCAGAUUGAUGAGAAGGAACAUCCUUAUAAGGAAGAAGAAAGCAUCUCCCCGGGCACUCCCAGGUCAGCUGACACCUCCCCCUCCAAAUCCAACCAUUCCCUCUCCCUCCAGUCAUUGGGCAAUCUUGACAUUAGUGUGUCCAGUUCUGAAAAUCCUUUGGGUGUUAAAGGAACAAGGCACACUGGAGAGGCUUAUGAUCCAAGUAACACAGAAGAAAUUGCAGAUGGGUUGCUUUUUCUUAAUUCAAGUCAUAUUUAUGAAAAACAAGAUGGAUGUUGCCACAAGACAGUGCAUUCCAUGGCAUCAAAGUUCAUGGAUGAUGACCUGAACAGUGAUGGUCCUCAUGAUGAAGGCUUAUGCUCUAGUCAGCAAAAUCCCAAAGUACAGAAAUACAUUAGCCUCAGCCUCCCGCUGUCUGAGGCAACUGCACACAUUUACCCAGGUGACAGUGCCGUGGCCAACAAACAACCCAGCCCACAGGUUUCCAGUGAAGACUCUGACAGUGACUAUGAACUUUGCCCAGAGAUAACCCUAACCUACACCGAGGAGUUUUCAGAUGAUGACCUGGAGUAUCUGGAAUGUUCCGAUGUUAUGACGGAUUACUCUAAUGCAGUUUGGCAAAGGAACCUGCUGGGGACUGAGCAUGUUUUUUUAUUAGAAAGCGAUGACGAAGAGAUGGAAUUUGGGGAGCAUUGCCUGGGUGGGUGUGAGCAUUUCCUCAGUGGAAUGGGUUGUGGGCCUCGGGUGUCGGGUGACGCUGGGCCUAUGGUUGCCACUGCUGGCUUCUGUGGUCAUCACUCACAAUCCCAAGAAGUUGGGGUGAGGAGCGGCAGAGUCUCCAAGCACGGUCCCUCAUCCCCACAAACAGGGAUGACUUUCAUUUUGGGACCUCACCAGGAUGGAACGUCUUCAGUGACAGAACAGGGGAGAUAUAAACUCCCCACUGCUCCCGAGGCUGCUGAAAAUGAUUAUCCAGGAAUUCAAGGAGAAACCAGAGACAGCCACCAAGCAAGAGAGGAAUUUGCCAGUGACAAUCUGCUCAACAUGGAUAAAUCAGUAAGAGAGACAGAGAGGAAGCUCUUGUCUGAUGAGUCGGAAAACUCAGGGAUGAGCCAGUGUUGGGAGACGGCAGCUGAGAAGAGAGUGGGGGGAAAGGACUUAUGGAGCAAGAGGGGUUCACAGAAACCUGCCAGGGUGAGGCAGCCGGGAAUGAAGGGAAAUCCCAAGAAGCCAAAUGCCAACCUGAGAGAAAGUACAACAGAAGGUACCCUUCAUCUCUGCUAUGCCAAAGAAUCUGCUAAGCACCCACUAACCCAGAGUGAUAAAAGAGAGACUUCUCACACCACAGCAGCAGCAACUGGUCGGAAUUCCCAUGCUGAUGCAAGAGAAUGUGCUAUUUCAACCCAGGCAGAGCAAGAAGCAAAAACCCUUCAAACUUCAACAGACUCAGUCUCCAAAGAAGGCAACACAAAUUGCAAGGGAGAAGCCAUGCAAGUUAAUACUCUAUUUGAAACAAGCCAGGUUCCAGACUGGAGUGAUCCUCCUCAGGUACAAAUUCAGGAAACAGUCAGAGAGACAAUCUCUUGCAGCCAGCUGCCAGCUUCCUCAGAGCCUGCUGGGGAGGAGUCCCCAUUCACUGGGACCACAACAAUUUCCUUCUCAAACUUAGGAGGGGUCCACAAGGAAAAUGCAUCAUUAGCUCAACACUUGGAGGUCAAACCCUGUACCUGUGGUCCACAGCAGGAAGAAAAACAAGACAGAGAUGGCAACAUACCUGACAAUUUCAGGGAAGACCUAAAAUAUGAGCUGAGCAUCUCAGAAGCCAAUGAUGAGAAUAUGUCCCCAGGUGUGUUCUCAAGGCAUCUCCCCAAGGAUGCUCGUGCUGACUUCAGGGAGCCUGUGGCUGUCUCUGUUGCUUCCCCUGAACCCACAGAUACUGCCCUUACCCUGGAAAAUGUGUGUGAUGAGCCAAGGGACAGAGAAGCAGUAUGUGCAAUGGAGUGUUUUGAGGCUGAUGACCAAGGAACAUGUUUUGAUACCAUAGAGUCUCUUGUUGGGGCACCAGUUGACAAAUAUUUGCCUCAAGAAAUUUGCUCUGUAGAUUUGGAACUGGCAGAAAGUCAAAGCAAAGUGUCUGAUUUAUGGUCUACUAAUGACAAGACACUGGAAGUCUUUUUUCAGACACAAGUGUCUGAGACUUCAGUGUCUACGUGCAAAAGCAGCAAGGACGGCAACUCAGUCGUGUCCCCUCUUUUUAUCAGUACUUUCACCUUGAACAUUUCACACACAGCUAGUGAAGGUGCCACAGGAGAAAAUCUAGCCAAGGUGGAGAAUUCCACCUACCCACUGGCCUCCACAGUACAUGUUGGCCAGGAGCAGCCAAGCCCCAGCAACUCAGGACGGCUUGAGGAAACACAGCUCCUUUCUUCUGAGAACAAUCCUUUACUGCAAUUUAAAGAAGGAGGUGACAAGAGCCCCAGUCCUAGUGCCGCAGACACCACAGCCACACCAGCCAGUUAUAAUUCAAUCGUGAGUUUUCCUUGGGAGAAGCCAACCACAUUAACUGUUAAUAAUGAGUGCUUUCAAGUGACCAGGGAGACUGAGGACACAUCAACUGUUACCAUUGCCACCAAAGUCCACCCAGCCAAAUACCUUGCUGUGUCAAUUCCUGAGGACAAGCAUGCAGGUGGCACUGAGGAGAGGUUCCCUCGUGCAUCCCAUGAAAAGGUUUCCCAAUUUCCUUCCCAAGUGCAGUUGGGUCAUAUUUUAAGUGGUGCUACCACCAAAUCUACAAAAGAGCUACUUUGCAGGGCACCCAGUGUGCCAGGAGUCCCACACCAUGUCCUGCAGCUCCCAGAGGGAGAGGGUUUCUGCAGUAAUUCCCCUCUUCAGGUUGAUAACCUGUCUGGAGAUAAGAGCCAGACUGUGGACAGAGCAGACUUUAGGAGCUAUGAAGAGAAUUUCCAAGAAAGAGGAAGUGAAACAACGCAGGGGCUCCAGCAGCAGAGCCUGUCCCAGCAGGGUUCUCUUUCUGCACCUGAUUUCCAACAAAGUUUGCCUACGACAUCUGCUGCACAAGAGGAAAGAAACUUGGUGCCCACGGCCCACUCACCAGCAAGCUCUAGGGAAGGAGCAGGGCAGCGCUCAGGUUGGGGGACGAGGGUCUCCAUAGUGGCUGAAACUGCUGGGGAAGAAGACAGUCAGGCUCUGAGCAACGUUCCAUCUCUCUCUGAUAUCCUUUUGGAAGAGUCUAAAGAAUAUAGACCUGGAAAUUGGGAGGCAGGCAACAAGCUGAAGAUUAUAACUCUAGAGGCUUCCGCUUCUGAAAUCUGGCCACCAAGACAACUGACAAAUUCUGAGAGCAAGGCAUCAGACGGUGGUCCCGUAAUUCCUGGCAAGGUCUGGGCUGUACCUGAGAGUCUAAAAGCAGGUGCUGUUGUGCCUGAAUUGGCCCCCUCUGAAAUAGUAGCAUCGGCUCACAGUCCAGAGGAUGCUGACUCAGCCCUUGCUGAUAACAGAGAAAGCCAUAAAGGCGAAGAGCCCACCAUCAGUGCACACUGGAGAAGUCUUUCUUCCCGGGGUUUCAGCCAACCCAGACUCCUGGAGUCAUCCGUGGACCCUGUAGAUGAAAAGGAGUUAUGUGUCACAGAUUCUCUGUCAGCGGCUUCUGAAACUGGAGGGAAGGAAAAUGUUAACAAUGUGAGUCAAGACCAGGAGGAAAAACAACUCAAGAUGGAUCACACUGCCUUCUUUAAAAAGUUUCUGACCUGCCCUAAAAUCCUAGAGUCCUCUGUAGAUCCCAUUGAUGAGACAAGUGUGAUAGAGUACACCAGGGCUGGAAAACCAGAGCCCUCUGAAACCACACCAAAGGGCGCCAGAGAAGGGGGUCAAUCAAAUGACAGAAACAUGGGCCACGAGGCGGAAAUCCAGCCGGCCAUUUUGCAAGUUCCAUGUCUCCAGGGAACCAUUCUGAGUGAAAAUAGAAUCAGCAGAAGCCAAGAAGGCAGUAUGAAGCAGGAGGCUGGACAAAUUCAACCUGAUGAGGCAAAAACUGCCAUUUGGCAAGUCCUGCAACCCAGCGAAGGUGGUGAAAGAAUUCCAAGUGGAUGUAGCAUAGGCCAAAUACAAGAAAGCAGUGAUGGGAGCUUAGGGGAGGCUGAGCAAAGCAAAAAGGACAAAGCAGAAUUGAUUUCCUCCACUUCACCUCUUUCUAGCUGUCUUCCAAUAAUGACUCAUGCUUCUCUUGGGGUUGACACGCACAACUCCACAGGCCAAAUUCAUGACGUCCCUGAAAAUGACAUAAUUGAGCCCAGAAACUGUCAGUAUGUGUUUCCUGUUUCACAGAAAAGGGGAACUAUUGAGAAUGAGCGUGGGAAACCUUUGCCCUCUUUUCCUGAUCUUACCAGGUUCCCUUAUACUUCAUCUCCUGAAGGAAAUGUCACAGACUUUUUGAUAAGCCACAAAAUGGAGGAACCUAAAAUAGAGGUGCUUCAAAUUGGGGAAACCAAACCCCCAAGCUCAUCUAGCUCCUCAGCAAAGACCUUGGCAUUUAUUUCAGAAGAACGUGAGUUAGAGAAAGCCCCUAAGUUACUGCAGGAUCCAUGUCAAAAGGGCACCCUGGGCUGUGUGAAAAAGUCCAGGGAGAGAGAGAAGUCCCUGGAAGCCCGAGCAGGCAAAUCGCCAGGGGCCCUCACAGCAGUGACGGGGUCAGAGGAGGUCAAGAGGAAGCCAGAAGCCCCAGGCAGUGGACAUUUAGCAGAGGGAGUAAAGAAGAAAAUUUUGUCCAGGGUGGCAGCCCUGAGGCUGAAACUGGAAGAAAAGGAAAAUGCCAGAAAGAACUUAGCCUUUCUUAAAAAGAUGCCCAAACUGGAAACAUCAUUAUCACACACAGAAGAGAAACAAGACCCAAAAAAGCCAUCUUGCAAAAGAGAAGGAAGAGCUCCAGUGUUACUGAAAAAGAUCCAAGCUGAGAUGUUCCCUGAACACUCUGGAAAUGUAAAAUUAAGCUGCCAAUUUGCAGAAAUUCAUGAAGAUUCUACUAUCUGCUGGACAAAAGAUUCAAAGUCCAUAGCCCAAGUACAGAGAAGUGCAGGGGACAACUCCACUGUUUCCUUUGCCAUCGUCCAAGCCAGUCCAAAGGACCAGGGCCUGUAUUACUGCUGCAUUAAGAACAGCUACGGAAAAGUGACUGCUGAAUUUAACCUCACAGCUGAAGUUCUCAAACAGCUGUCAAGUCGCCAGGAUGCUAAAGGAUGCGAAGAGAUUGAAUUCAGCCAACUCAUCUUCAAAGAAGACUUUCUCCAUGACAGCUACUUUGGGGGCCGCCUGCGUGGCCAGAUCGUCACGGAGGAGCUGCACUUUGGAGAAGGGGUUCACCGCAAAGCCUUCCGCAGCACAGUGAUGCACGGCCUCACGCCUGUCUUCAAACCUGGCCAUGCCUGUGUGCUUAAGGUGCAUAAUGCCGUUGCCUAUGGGACCAGAAAUAAUGAUGAGCUCAUCCAAAGGAACUACAAACUCGCUGCCCAGGAAUGCUACGUUCAAAAUACUGCCAGGUAUUACGCCAAGAUCUACGCUGCUGAAGCACAGCCUCUGGAAGGCUUUGGAGAAGUACCUGAGAUCAUUCCUAUUUUUCUUAUCCAUCGGCCUGAGAACAAUAUCCCGUAUGCUACAGUGGAGGAGGAGCUGAUUGGAGAAUUUGUGAAGUAUUCCAUUAGGGAUGGAAAAGAAAUAAACUUCUUGAGAAGAGAAUCAGAAGCUGGUCAGAAAUGCUGCACCUUCCAGCACUGGGUGUACCAGAAAACAAGUGGCUGCCUCCUGGUGACGGACAUGCAGGGUGUAGGAAUGAAGCUAACUGACGUUGGCAUAGCAACGCUGGCUAAAGGGUACAAGGGAUUUAAAGGCAACUGUUCCAUGACCUUCAUUGAUCAGUUUAAAGCACUACACCAGUGUAACAAGUAUUGCAAAAUGCUGGGACUGAAAUCCCUUCAAAACAACAACCAGAAACAGAAGAAGCCGAGCAUUGGGAAAAGCAAAGUUCAAGCAAACUCUAUGACAGUAAAGAAGACAGGGCCUGAGACCCCAGGCGAAAAGAAAACCUAACAUCCCUGGUAAACUAAUGACCACUGGCUAGCAGCACACAGUCUUGCCAGGGAAAAUCCGAGGCCACACAGGAGAGAAUAUACAGCCUGCAGAGUGUGUGGCAAUCCUUACUACCAGCCAACUGUGCGCCAAGAUGCUUCUAAACCCAUCACCUGCUGUGUUCACUCAAAUGAUUACAGAACAGGAUUUGCGACCAGGUUUAUGGGGAGAUUGAAUCAACGAUCGGUCUCAAAGACAGUCCAUUAUUUGUAUACACGUUUAGCAUUUUUACCAACCUCAUGUCAUGUGUAUAUUUGUGUAUUUGCACGUGGUUGUGUUGUCAAGGACUUGGUGCUGAGAAGAGUCUGUUCACAGCCAAAAUUCUUCCCACCGCCAUUCCUAACCUGGGAUUUCUAGACACAUCCUGCUGUGAUGUAAACAGAAAUCACGAAUUUGCUCACUGGGUCAAGUUGUUCCACUGGUGUCUAAUACGCUAUUGUUGCUGGAGGUGGGUUCUGUGACGUGAAGCCAUUUCCCAUCAUUCACAC